AAGCUCUCGAAAUAAAAGGAUAGAAAACUAUCCGUUACACUUAAAAGGGGCAAGAAAUCCCAAUCUCCUUAAUUUCUUCAACUCUUUCCUUCUCAAUCCUAAAUCAAAUCCACUAUCACAACAAAGGUGGAAAAAAGCAGAAAAUCCCCCCAAAAUAAGGAAAGAAGAGCAAAGAUCGAUGGCAACUAGAUCUCCUUCCCCAAACCUCAGCCGACCCAGAACUCCAGAGAUCAGCAACAACCUCAGGAAGAGCAAAGCUUACUUGUUUGUAGAAAUUCCCCAAAGGAACUCUCUUUCUAAGCCUUCAACACCCAACUCAUCUCCACGGGCCUCCUUCGAACAGAAGGAGAACGUGAAGUCGAGAUCCUCUGCAAUCUCUUCUUCAAAGGUGUCCAAGAAUUUCAUGGCACCAACAAUCUCUGCAUCUUCAAAAGCCAUUGUGCCUCCCUCUCCAAGAAAGAGGAUUCUUCAAGAGAGGAAUGAGGUAAUAAACUCAGUUUCUGAUUCUGUUGAGUUUUCAAUGAAAGAAGUGGGGAUUGGUGUUGAGUUUGAGGAUAUCGUGUCGAAAUCCGAAAUGGGUUUCGGGUCUCAAGAAGUCUUGAGUGUUGGUCAGCUGAAAAAGGGGGAGUCAAGAAUUAAAAACCACCAAAAUCCUUCUCCUUUGCAGGCAAUUGCUCCUUUAGAUGCUGACCCAUCUCUCCCUCCUUAUGAUCCCAAGACCAAUUAUCUAUCUCCUAGGCCUCAGUUUCUUCAUUAUAGACCUAACCCUCGAAUCGAGCAAUAUCUGAAUAGGGAAGGCGAGUUUCUUGAUGUGAACAACGGGAGGAGGCUAGAGGAUAGCUUCUCUUUGGAGAGCAGUGAAGAUGAUGAUGUGACUGUACUCACUGAGGAGAAGGAGAAGGAUUCAGAGGAGAAGGUAGAAGAGGUAGAGUCUGUCAAUGAAACUGCUGUUUCUGAACCUGGAAAGAAAGUUGGACCCUUUAAACGUUGGUCAUUUAAGAGAUACAAAUUGGUCCUUUUUCUUCUGGUUUUGGCUAUGGCUUGCAGUUAUGCACCAUUGCCUGAUUCGCCCAUCAUAUCUUCUUCCAUUUCCCUUCGGAAAAUUCACUCCCUAUCUUUUCAAACCUUUGAGGGUUUGCAGCUGAAUGAUUAUUUAGCUGUUGAUAAUGGGCAUUUCAAUGGUCUAGUUAGUAGGUUCAAGCACUCGUCAACAGAUUCAAUUGCUUAUUUCUCAUCAAUGAACUUGCCUACGAAUGAUGAUGUUAGUUUGCAUCAUCUAGCUAAUAUGUCAUCCUUAGCUGUAGAUGAGACUGAAGGUUUGGAUCUCAGCUGUAAACCCAAGAGUGAAAUUGAGCAACCUAUUAAGGAAAACUUAGUGGAAGUGUCUUAUGAUGGUAAUGAACCAGAGGUGUCUGCAUUUGUUAAAGAAGAAGAAAAUGAUGAUGAUGAUGGUGCAAAAUAUAAUGCAGGAGAGGUGGAAGCAAAAGACUUGGAUGAGAACACUGAAGCUGUUUCUGAUGAGGGGAAAGAAAAUGAAAUCGGUGUAUCUGAAGACAUAAUGGAUGCAGAUAUUGUGGUUUAUACUAAAGAGGAUGCUGAUAAUGCUGAGAUAGUGGUGUCUGAAGAUGUGAAAGAGAGUGAACUUGAUGCUCAAAGAAUUGAAAUGGGGGAAGUUCUCGAAGACAUAAUAGAUGCAGAUAUUGUGGCUUAUACUAAAGAGGAUGCUGAUAGUGCUGAGAUAGUGGUGUCUGAAGAUGUGAAAGAGAGUGAACUUGAUGCUCAAAGAAUUGAAAUGGGGGAAGUGCUCAAAGAUGUGAUAGAUGCAGAUGCUGUGGCUUAUAUUCAAGAGGAUGCUGAUAAUAUUGAGAUAGUGGUGCCUGAAGAUGUAAAAGAGAGUGAACUUGAUGCUCAAGGAAUUGAGAUGGGGAAAGUGUUCGAAGAUGUGAUAGAUGCAGAUACUCUGAAUUAUGGGAUGGAAAAAGAAAUUACUGAAAUUAUUGAGAACACUGAGAUUGUGUCUGAAUCUGAAAUUAUUGGAGAUGAACAAAAUGGUAACGAUGUUAAUGCUGUAGGCCAAACCAAGUCUGCUAGUUCUCUCAAUAACAAUGUAGCAUCUAAUGUAGAUUAUCAAAUCUCACAUGGCCUCGAGCUACUCAAAUCAACAAAUUAUGCAACCAUGUUCGGAUUAGCAUUAGCACUUUCAGCAGUUCCUGCAACCUUGGCUGCUCUUUAUAUGAAGCAAAAGCAAGUUCCCGUUGUUGUAAAGGAAAGACGAGCAACUAAAAAGGUUGGAUCAGUUUCAGGUAGUAGUGAGCCUUGCCCUCGUUCAGAAAUGAGCACUAGCUGGAAUAACAUUUCAAAGAGAGAUGAAGAGGAGAAUUUAAGUAGUAAGAGUAGGCUGAGGAGAGACUCUACAGCAUCCUCCUCGAUUUCUUAUGGAAGUUUUACCACCUAUGAGAAAUUAUCAGCCAAAAAGGGAUGUCCAGAUGAGGAAGUGGUGACUCCAGUGAGACGAUCAAGCAGAAUUAGGAACUUGGUGAUUUCUCCAUGAAACAAACAGAAGCUAUGGUUCUUUAAUUUAUUUAACAUAAAGAUGUCCAGAUGAGGAAGUGGUGACUCCAGUGAGACGAUCAAGCAGAAUUAGGAACUUGGUGAAUGGUGAUUUCUCCAUGAAACAAACAGAAGCUAUGGUUCUUUAAUUUAUUUAACAUAAAGAUGUUUUCUGACCAUGACUUCUUCAAUAGUUUCUUUAGCUAUUUUUCUUCAUUAGUUUCUUUUGCUGACUUAGAUCUACGAAUCAUUUAGGUUCAUUUUAUUUGUUACUAGAUGUUGUACUAAGAAGUUAACAAACAGCCUUUUGCUGUUUCUUGAUUAGUUGCAUAUUUGGCGCCUCUUGCCUUUUACUUCAAUAUCUCUUUCCCAGUUGUACCUUCUUCAUUAUAUACAUGUGGUUUGUUUCUCUACCUCAUGUUCCUUGUGCGAAAAAACCCUCUGAAUUUUGUAAAAUUUUUGAUUUGUCUGUUCUGAGAAUUAGUCGCCAUGAAGAAAUUAAAUUUCAUGUAAUA